CUUAACCUCAAUAGGAAGCCGUUCCUCUAGGAAACACAUAAGAAAAGAAUCAAACUAUGUGAUUUUUAUAAGUGAAAUAAUAAUAAAUACGUAACAAUGGCAUCGAUAACCAGAUUAGUGAAUUCCUUCGACGUGAAUUCGGAAGAAUUCGAAUCGUUUGUGCACGAUUUAAUGGUCGAUAACAACGACGUGCCGUUUGAUAGCCACGAGGUUGACGCUGUUCGAAAUUUCUUUAUAAAAAGUGUGAAUUCACGUAUAAAUCAAGGGGGAUGCGAUUUUUUACCUAUCCUGGAAAGAAUCUUGCCCACGUGUUCCAGAGAUACGUUUUCCAAGUACGGUUUAUUCUGGAUAGUCAACACCACGAAAGUAUUGGAAAAUGUGCACACUAGCACGAAAAACUUGACACUGGCGUGUAAAGUGUUGGGAGUUUUAAUCGAGCACUGCAAGGAAAUUCCAGAAUUGCACAAACAGAUCUCCAUGCAACAUGUGAAACAGCUUAUAAACGUUCUUAGCGCAUUGCAACCAGACGCAAAAUGUGGUGCAGUCUACUACUUGGUCGCUGUUCUACUUUAUCAUUAUCCUGAAGUUUGCGAAAAGUUUCAGGGACUGAUAAAGAGAAUGAUUUUAUUACAAAUUGACUCCAGGCAAGAGAACUUGGUUAACGCUAGCGCAAGAUGCUACGUUCUUCUGUCCAAAGCGACAGAACGCUCGUUUAAACCACCACCUUCUAAAUCUGUAUACACUGCAACUAUGUUCAACGAAGCGUUGCUUUGUAAUAGCUUGCAUGCUAUAAUGGAUGAACUGUUUUCUGGAUUAAUAGAGCUGGAGAGUGUAGACGUCUGGGAUCAAUUAGAAUUACCACCUAUUUCUAAUAGAGACGUAAAGCAAUACUACGAUGGGCAGAAACAGAGAUUCGCAAAUUUGUGCAUUUAUCUUUCCUCAAUGUUACGCGGAUAUGAUGCAAGAAAUUCUGUUCUACCUCACGAUAUUCUGGGAGUUUUAUGUCGAGGAUUGGCAAUAACGCCGUUAAAUUUAAAAAAUAAAACUUCCUUUAAAGAACAGAUGCUGUACAUUGUCUUGCCAAAAUUGCACAUUAGUUUGCUCGCAGUUUUGGAUGCGCUUAUAAAUGGAUUUGCUCAGGAACUAGUACCAUAUGGGACGAUCAUAUUACAGUUGUUCCAACAAACAUUGCAAUGGACAAGUGUCAGCUCCGAAGAUCAAAUGACAUUUAGUGAUAAUAAUAAACCUUUUAGAAAUGUCAGGAUAUGUACUUACAAAUGUCUCUGUUCGUGGUUAAUUAAUACGAGUUCGUUGUCAGGAGUAGAGACAAUUGCAAAUGAAUGUGUUACGUGCAUAUUGAAGGACAUAACACCAGAACGAAGUUGCGUGUUAUUAACUGUGCAACCAAAAACGCACUUGUCUAAACGGGCAAUAAAACGUUUCAAACAUAGUCAGUACGAAAACAGUACAGUUUUAAAUAAUGGAGAGAGUUCUUCUAAAAGUUCUUCUAAAACUGCACAUUUAGAUGCAGAUUUGUGCAAAGAGGCUCUUAUCGCUUUACAAAAUAUAAUUCUCAGCGGUAAUGUCCUGCUGAAACAAACAUUUUACAAGAACGUGCAGAAUACCGUGAUACCUUUAUUAUACAAUCUUUAUCUGGACUCUGCUGAACAGAAAUUUUAUAAAGAUCACAACGUAUGCCGCUUGGAACUAUUUAGAGUAUUAAGAGCUUUACAAAUGAAUCCACAUGUGGCAUCGUCAUUUCCUGUACAAUACUCUCUAGAAAUAUCGCACAGAGCAGCUCAUGAUAUCGAUUUAAAUAUUGUUCGAGAAGCAAAACUCGUAUCAGCCGAGUUGGAAAAAAUUAUACAUCCUAUUGCGCCUACGUUACAGUUACCUCGGCAGCAGGAACCUGAUAAUGAACUUGUUCUUGAAAAUCAAGUAGAAGAAAUUGCGACUAUUUGUAGAUCAGACCAAAGAAGUAGGGUUGAAAAAGUUUUUAAAGAUGCAGAUGCAAUACCACAUAAACGGCAAAAAAUCGUUGAAACACAAGAUGUAAUAGUACGGUACGGCUACGAUGGAGAAUUAAUAGAAGAGAAUAUGAAUGGCAUGAAUAUAAAUUGGUCUCAGACGGAUGGCAAGUCAGAUGAGGAGAUCGAAGAGGAGAUCGAAGUAGUAGAGAUUGAAGAUGUAAUACAAGAACAAGACAAAAUACAAAACAAGGAGCAAAGGCAGCUAGAUAUAGAUAUAAUUCCAAAUGUUAAUGCUGAAAGUAAGAUGGAAUGUGAAUUGGCUGCACCCCUUAAUACAGAAAAACAAAAGCAACAUGAGAAAUCUGAAGAUUUCGUGUUGUGUACAGAAAAAGAGGACAAAAGGGUAGAAAACAAUCCUAAAAUCAGUGAAAAAAUAACAAAGUUGCAAGAUGACCCGGAUGUAUGGGAAUCGUUUGACGAUGAUGUAAUAGAAUCUCUAAGUUUGUUUCACGAUGAGGUAAAAUCAAAUUAUUAGAUACUUUUAUUUCAU